AUGUUUACUCAGCUUGUAAUCCUGCUAGUGAUGCUUGAUCUACCCGACGUCUUUAAUUCGCCGUUACAGAGGACCACGGACACAAAGAGUCUUAAGCACCCCGUCAUACUAACUCAUGAGCCGACACACAUUCAACACAUACACAUACUACCGUCGAAAUAUCCUAGAAAGAAAAAAGCGCCAAACUUGACCGUAAUUCCCUUAACCCAUCAGCUAUACGUUCCCGCAAAAUUCCACGUUUUACCACCCCAGUCGAACGUGCAAAGCUCAGUACACACGAGUGUCAAUCACAUAGUCAGUAACAAUGUCAGGAUUCCGGUCGUGACGCAAACCGUGGCGCACAGUAGCAACAUUACCCAUUCCCCCUCCCUGAUCCUGAUUCCCAUCCAACACAAUCUCGUGCCUGUCCAUGAUCUAACCGUUCUUCCGUUGCAAAGAACGGUGCAGAACGAGAAGACUGGACAUUACAGGACAGUGGAAAACAAGAGCGAAGAAGAUGAGGAGCCGAAUCGUUAUAGAACUUUUUACGGUGGUUAUGGGGCGGGCCUGUUCUUCGGAGGACACGGCGCUGGCCACGGCUUUUAUUCUUAUGGAAAGUAA